ACCACGGUAUGAGCUCUAGUUAAGGCUCCCCAAAAUUGGAAAUUGGAUAACUCAAGUUUAUUCCAUUUAUAAAUUUUUUAAUAUACCUAAAUAAAGAAUUACUGGAGCGUUGCGUUGUGCCAAAAAUAAAAACUUAAACAAUUCGUUGCAAAAUGACGCGUGCAGUUUGUUGCAUGGUCGUUGCUUGCAUCUUCUUGGUGCAAUGCGUUUACUCUGCCAAAUUCGAUGCAGAGAAUCGUCGUCUUAUACUCGACAUAAACGAUCAAAAGACAACGAAUCAACAAUAUUAUUCCUCUAACUUUGACACAAAUGCCUAUCGUUAUGGCUAUGAUGUGGGAAAGACAGGGAACUUCCAUCACGAGACUCGUGGACCCGAUGGCGUCACCUAUGGCUGCUACGGUCUGAUCGAUCCCUACCAUCUGCUCCGUGCAACACACUAUGUGGCCGACGCCCAUGGCUAUAGGACAGUGGAGCCAGAGAAGCCCGUGGAGACUUUCCCGCCGCAUUUGUACAAUGAGACGGAUGGCGGUCCCUCGGAGCCUGGCAUUCUGCUGCAGUGGCACGAACUCUAUUUCCCCAUUGGGUGUGGCAAGUUUGCCGACGGCGCCCGGUCGGGUGUGCCAUUCUUUGUGGAGAGAGACUAUAAGAAAAAGGAGGACAGCAAGGAUGCCAUUCCCUCGUUCUCCGUGAACAUUCCCGUACUGAAGGGUUCCGACCAGAAGAGUCUGCCCAUUCACAAGCCAACGGGCCCGCUGGUGCCCCAGGGCACAGGUCUAUUUGGCACCGACAAGGGACACACGCAUCGCGACUAUCCUGGGGAUCAGGCGCCGUCCUUCCACUCUGUGAACACCCUGCUUCCGGGCAGCAACAAUGAUGGCCAAUACAAGCCGGACAGCAAUCCCUACAACCAUGUGGUUGGUUCCAACGGAGGCAGCGGCGGCAGUGGCGGCAGUGGCGGCAGCGGCUCGGGAGGCGGCAAUGGCGGCAGCGGCUCAGGAGGCGGCAAUGGAGGAUUCGGUGGCUUUGGACCCAACGGUCCUGGUGGUCCAAAGGGACCAAAUGGCCCCAACGGACCAAAUGGUCCCCCUGGUCCCCCUGGACCUCCAGGACCCCUGGGCCCUGUCGGCGCGGGAGGCGGAGCCUCAGGAAAACCGGUAUACAGGGAUGGAGAUCGCACUGGACUAGGAGCGGGUCAAUAUAAUGCCAAUGGCGAUGCCACCGGUCCCGGCAGCGGCUCCGGUUUCGGCUCUGGCGAUCGCUAUAGCACUGGCAAUGGCAACGGCCUCGGUGCUGGCGAUCGCUAUAGCACUGGCAAUGGCAACGGCCUCGGUGCUGGCGAUCGCUACAGCACGGGCACUGGUGCUGGAGUCGGUGCUGGCGAUCGCUACAGCACGGGCACUGGUGCUGGAGUCGGUGCUGGCGAUCGCUACAGCACGGGCACUGGUGCUGGAGUCGGUGCUGGCGAUCGCUACAGCACGGGCACUGGUGCUGGAGUCGGUGCUGGCGGCAGUUAUCGUCCUGGCAGUGGUGCUGGAGUCGAUGCUGGCGGCAGUUAUCGUCCUGGCAGUGGUGCUGGAGUCGUUGCUGGCAGCAGCUAUCGUCCUGGCAGUGAGGGUACCUACACGAGCACCUACACGCACACCGAUACCGGUUUUCCUGGGGCCAUUGGAUACGUAUCAGACGCCGGUAAAUAUAGAGGUGAAGUUGGACGUUACAAUGGUAUUAAUGAUGGCAAAUAUUAUCACGAUGAUUCGGGUAAAUAUGUUCACGUUGAAGGCCCAACCGGUCCGCCAGCACCUCCAUAUGUCCACAUUGUGGGACCCGAGGGCGGCUACGGCGGUGAGGGCGGUGAGGGCGGUAAUGGCGAUGGCGGCGGUGUAGGACCAGGCGGUCCCAACGGCCCCGGAGGACCCAAGGGACCUGGAGGCCCCAAUGGACCACCCGGACCCAACGGACCCAACGGACCCAACGGCCCACCCGGCCCACCUGGACCACCCGGACCUCCCGGCCCCAAAGGACCUACUAGACCCGGACCUAAAGGACCUUUCGGACCUCCCGGCCCACCCGGACCUCAAGGACCAACCAGACCAGGACCUUAUGGACCUCCCGGCCCACCCGGCCCCACACGCCCAGGACCACCCGGCCCACCAGGACCCACACGCCCAGGACCUCCCGGCCCACCGGGACCCUCUCGUCCUGGCCCACCCGGACCUGGCCGUCCAGGCCCACCCGGACCCGAUCGCCCAGGACCACCGGGGCCACCGGGGCCACCACCACCACCACCACCAAACAACAACGGCGUGCGCCCAACCACCGAUCCCAGGCAUUCGGACAAGGAUACGCCCGGAUACCUGCCGCCAGAUCAACCCGGUAAAAUCUCGAAACCACCCCCACCAUCCUACUCACAAACCAUUCAGUUCGAACCGCCCCCGAGGCAACCCGUGAUCAAUUACAAACCCAAUUACGAACACAAUAAUGAUUAUGUGCAAAAGAAACCGGCCACAAUCACAAGCAAAACCACCAUAAAGCCACCACUAACUUAUAUUCCUCCUUCUAUCCCACAACCAAAACCACAAAAACCUCAACCCGCACCCGCACCCGCACCACCUUCCCAACACCAUGUUCCCGUUCCCAAUGCUCCUGUUCCCGUUCCGCCAUUCCAAACGACAACGAUUGUACAGCCAAAGGUCCCGGCUAUCGUUAUUGAGAAGGAUAAUAAGCCACCAUUAACAGCCGGUAAUUUUGAUAUUCAUACAUAUCCACAGAGACCGCACAACGUUGAACCACACGCACCACCACCACCGCCCACUCCAGCAGUGGUGACACGAUACGAAACGACUCCACGAACGACACCCAGACCGACUAUCUAUCAACCAUCGACACCCAGACCGACUGCCUAUCAGGCAUCCACACCCAGACCGACUGCCUAUCAGCCAUCCACACCCAGACCCUUUGAAAAGGUCUCCAGUCCACCCAUACAAUACCAUACGCCGCAGGUGCCACAACAGCCACCGCCGUACAGACAACCCGUACAGCAGCAGCAGACGACGACGACGACAAGACCGCAACAGUCAUAUGUUGUUGAACCAAAAGUAACGCCACGUCCCUCUCCACCAUUGCAUGUUCCUGCGUAUCCGAACAGCGGCGACACCUGUGUCUGCAACGAUAGGACGCACCACUCAUCGAAAACCACUCAAAGCACCCACUCCUCCACCACCACUAGUAACAACUGUCCCCAAAAUCCUGCCUCUGUUGACUUUAACAAACAAUUUUCCGGCUUCAAUGGACAAGCGAACUUUGGCAGCAUAAUCAAUGCCAUGUCACUCACACAAUUGCCCGUGAUACCCCAAGCGACCGGGCAGCCGGCCUUCUAUCCGCUGGAUAAGAUACCCAAGGGUGCUGUCAUCGCUCUCAUGCCGGUGGUGAUCCUGCCACAGGAGUACUACUCAAAUUGCGACGAGAAUUCCAUCUAUACAAGCGGCAAGGACCAGAACAGCAUUAUCGAUCCCUUCCCACUGGGCGUGCAGCCAGCGGCCAUACCGAAUGCCUUUAGCCUGCAUUCGGUGUUCACGGGUGGCGCACCCAAGGAUCAGUGCAUGUGUCCUUGCUCAUGCACACAGAAUUUGCCCAGCAGAUUGCACAAGAAACGCGAGACAAACGAAAAGGAGGCCACAGAGGUGAAGGCCGAGGCGGAGGUCAAAGCUGCUGCUGCUGCUGCUGCCUCUGAGGAGGCAAAAGUUGAAAUUAAACCUGUUGCGGCUGCCUCUAAAGAGGUUAAGGUAGAGAUUCCAGUCGUUCCUGCUGCCUCUGAAGAGAUUAAAGUGGAGGCUAAUCCCAUUGCUGCUGCCUCUGAUGCAGUUAAAGAGCUUCUGCCAGUGCCAGCAGCCUCUGAGGAGGUUAAAGUAGAGGUUAAACCCGCUCCAGCUGCCACUGAGGAAGCUAAAGUUGAGGUAAAGCCAGUAGCAGCCGCCUCUGAGGAGGCUAAAGUAGAGGUUCUGCCAGUAGCAGCCGCCUCUGAAGCGGUUAAAGUAGAGAUUAAACCAGCAACAGCCUCCACCGAAGACCUCAAGCCAGCCGCCUCUGAGGAAUCUAAAGUUCUGGCUGAUCCACUGCCAAUUGAAAAGAUCAAGGAGACUAGCGACGACAAGAUCAAGGUUGAGACUACGAACUAAGACAACGGCUCUGACGCCCUGACGAUUGAAAAAAAAACCCUCUCCCAGAUCCCGCUUUAAAUCCCGUUCCAGAAUCCUACUCCCAAACCUCCCAAACAAAAAACUAAUCCACUUUCCAGUCUUAGCGUCUAAGUGUUUUGAAGUUGAAGAAUCCAAUUGAUGUGUUCGCUUUUAUUUCUUGUGUUAAAAACUGCCAGUAAAAUCGUAGUCUAAAAUAAUAUUCCCAACUCAAGAGAGCGAUGAUGAAAAAUGUGAAAGAAAAUUGUAAGAGAAAAAAAUUGUUUUGUGACAUGUUGUUUAUUAUGCAUUUUGUGUAUUCUUUUAUUAUUU